CGAAUCAGGAAGUGUGGUCACGGAGUGCUCGGGGAUCUGUUUCUGCGAUGGGAAGGCGAGCAGAUCCCGGGUCAACGUUGUUGUUUGAGAUGUAGAGAUGGAGAACGAAGACCCUGGCUUAUCUUGUAAAGGGGAAAUGGAGCUCCCUGAUGAGAAAUGUGGGCUGGAUCCUACAGACAGAAAUGGGGAUGACUCCUGUUCUGUCUCAGAGGAGCAGGAGGAUGUACCGGCUGCCCCAAAUAAUGGACCCAUGAGUGUGGUAAUUGACAAAGUGAACGGGCAGGAGGAAGUAAGAGAGACCCCAGAAGAACUGAGUGACAAAGAUGUGUCUGAUUCAACCUCAACUGACAAUACUUGGGAAGAUUCGAGUGAGUUUCACCGACAAAUGAUGAUAGGAGAUGGACCAUCAGGAGAAGAGGAAGCGGUGAUACAGUCACGCCUGGCUACCUACCGAGAUGAAGACGUGACUGCAGAGAGUUGGCGGGCACACAGGAAACAUGUCUUCAUUUUAAGUGAGGCUGGGAAACCCAUUUAUUCACGUUACGGCAAUGAAGAAGCCCUUAGUUCCACCAUGGGUGUCAUGAUGGCACUGGUGUCUUUCAUCCAAAGUGGGGAUAACUCUAUUCGCUCCAUUUAUUCUGAUGAUCACAAACUGGUUUUUGUGCAGCAGGGCCCCCUGGUACUGGUUUCAGUUUCGCACACCCUACAAUCAGAGCAGCAACUACGCCAGGAGCUUUUGUAUGUCUACGACCAGAUCAUCAGCAUGCUUACUCAGGCCAGCAUCACUCGCAUCUUUGAACGGAAAAAGAACUAUGACCUCCGGCGUUUGUUGACCGGCUCAGAGAAGAUCCUUGAUCGUUUGCUGAACUUGGUUGAAUCAGAUCCUUGUUUCCUCCUUGGAGCUGUCCGCUGUUUACCCCUUGCCGCCUCCCUCCGGGAUUCCCUGGGCACUUUGCUCCAAAAAGCCAUCACCCCAAAUCUGGUGUUCUCUAUUUUGGUGGCUGGUAGUCAGUUGGUCACCACAGUGCAAGAGAAAACAGUCAUUGAAGAUUGCCGAUUAGAACCGACCGACCUGCACCUGUUACUCAAUCUCAUUGGAGCAACUUCUGCCUUUCAAACGGGGGAAAUUUGGACGCCUAUUUGCUUGCCACGUUUCAACCCUGAUUGUUACUUUUAUGCUUAUAUUUCGUAUUUGGAUUCAGAAUGUACUGUCUGCCUCAUCCUUCUCUCUACGGACAAGGACUCUUUCUAUUCUGUCUCGGAUUGCAAGAAACGCAUUGAGGAAGGCAUGAAGACUCAGAACUAUCUGCAGGCCCUCUCAAGUGGCUUAAAGAGCCCAUCCUAUAGUGUAGGACUGGUGGGAGUGCCAGAUCUUCGGCACUUUAUGUAUAAACCUCUGGAUAUACCGGAUAAUUACCGACAGCUUCCACAAUUCACCAGUCCAGAACUGGAGGGGCCAUAUUGCAGAGAGAAUGAACGGCACCGACUCUUCGACCUCUACCACUACCUUCACGAUCGCAUCCACAGUACCUCACGUCCUUUACGUCUCAUCUACCAUGUAGCUGAAAAGGAGACUUUAUUGGCUUGGGUUACAAGUAAAUUUGAAUUAUAUACCUGUUUCAAUCCUUUGGUGACGAAAGCUGGUGCCAUCAAUGUCUUGACAAAACUGUUGCGUUGGAUAAAGAAGGAAGAAGACCGGCUCUUCAUCCGUUACCCACCCAAGUAUUCCACUACACCUAAUCCUGGGAAAGGAAGCAGGGGUCCCCGAACAGAUGGUACAGAGAACGGCUUCUUUGGAGGAGGUCACUAGACCAAGGACUUCCAGUUGCUCUCAAAUGCAUUCUGAAUGCGUGCCACCCUACAGAUAGCCCUGGAUGAUGGAACCGUUCUGUAAUCUGGGGGAUCUCCUAGUCUUGUUUUCUAAACCAGGAUGGGAUGGUGGAUAUGAGAAGGAUUGGAGUUUACCAGGCUGAGCUGGGUCACAUCGUUGGAGAUAAAUCCAGAAAGCUUUGGCCUGAUGUUUUAAAAUAUUUUUUCCACUUAUGGUCUUUAUUUCUAGGGAGAUACUGAGUCAGAUGGAGAUCCUGAGAUUGACUGGAAAUAGAUAAGGAGGCUUUGGCUGAUAUAUCUUUGGAAGUGACAUAUAACUGGAAAUUGCAGAAUUUCACAAGGAUUGUGCUUAAAUUACAUUGAUGCUUCUGCAGCCUAGUGGGUUUACAUUUCUUACCACUCCUGUUAUCACUGGGUAAUUGCUUUGUUUUCUCCAUUCAGUUUCCUCUUCCUCCUUAGCAAUUUACUUGGGUGCUUUGCUUGUCUCAAAGAAUAGUACAAAUGGGGUAAUAAUGAAAAGAGAGCCACACUGGGAGACAAAAAAGUUAAUCUUAGAAAAGUUUGCAAAUACUUGCUGCUUUCUGAUACAACUGUUUGAUUGUCCACAGUUCUUCUGGAAUGUGUGUGCAAAACCCAUCACAAUGUGGUGAUUUAUUGGAAGGCUGGCACUUUCAGACAGUGUGCAAUUUAGUAAAAUGAUUUUCUAUAAAGAUAGCUGAUUUGAAUCAUUUUAAUGCAACUUUGGGAGUAGGUCAAAAUGCCCAAUUCCAAAGAGUCUUUUAUCCUGGAACUAUCUCGCAGUAUUUUUGAUGAACAUACAUGUUGCAUCUUCAUGUUGUACUAUAAUUACCCUUUGAAUGACAGAGGCUGCUUCACCCUUUGUUCUGAUACCACGAGAAGGUAUAUAAUGUGUGAUAUAAGGUGGUAUACAAUAUGUGAAGGGUAUUUUGUAGUCCUUUGAGAAAUUUGAUGUCUGUAUGUAAUGGCUCAACUUGGACAAUGUAAUUGAUUAUGAUGGCAUUUUGGUUUACUUUUUAAUGUCUUCAGUUUGAACCUAACUGGAUUUAACUCUUCCUUUGCCUUUCUUAACUUUCUUCCUGUCUUCCUUCCUCUUCCUCUGUUUCUUCAUGUUUUAAAAUUCCUAUGUGCAAUUGGAAUACACUGCUCUUAAAAGGAUUCUUGUAUUUUUUCCCCUAUGUUGAGAUGCCACUGUUCUCUUUUCCCACCUCAUAAUUAGGAAGACACAUAAUUCCAUCAUAAAUUUACUUUUAGAUUUAGUACCGACAAAUAUCACUCUUUCCAUGUCUGCCAAAUUCAGAUUUUGUCUGAAUAUACUAGCAGAUGGGAAAGUAUUCUCGGAAAGUGACAUCACUGACAAGUAGCUGAAUUCUUUCCCUUCCUGAGCAGUUGUUGCUCUGCCAUGCAAAAUGUUUUCUGUAUAAAUUAGUUGCUCUUUUGCUGGGUCUUGUGUGUCUAUUCAUAUUUGUUAAAAGUAAGGCUUAGGUGUUGGAGUAUAAUCCUAUCCCUGUAUCAUAUUUUAUGAUGAAGGAGGGGGAGAGAGAGUAUGUGUGUGCAUAGCGAGGGAAGACUUCAUUUAACCUGCAACUGUGUAAGUGUGAUGGUAGUGUGAGUAUAAAAUGGAUUUGACCCUCUUUGCCAACGGUGAAGGAAGUGAAGGAAUUACGCUGUUUUGAAUCUGUUGCUAUUCAAUUCCUUUCGGUGAUCCAUGAUUGCCUCUGGCUGGAAUUUUUUUUCUAUCCAUAAAAGAACAACACCGCUUGUAUGCCCUGGCUGGCUGAUACUGAAAGUUUAUAUUUCUAGCUGAGCUGAUACAGUGAGAACUGGAGACAUCUGAUGACAUGCCAACAAAAUCUGUUUUAAAAUCAGCUCCAUCUUGGCAUGUGUGUGUUCCUUUUUUCCAUCUGCCAGCACCUUCUGCAAAAAGAUAUCUUUAACUUGUAAGGAUUAGCUGCAUUCUUUCCUUCAGGCAUCCUUUGUGGCAACAUUGCAAGUAACAAGGCAGAUUCUUCACACUGUUAAAGUAUAAGUCUACUUUAAUUGUAUGCAGUUAAUUUAUUUAUACCUAUAUCAAAUCUGGAUAUAAGGAAAAAAGCAAUUACUGUAAAAAAAAAAGAACAUUUUAAACAUGUAUUUUUUUUUUACCAAGGCAAACUCUUAAAAGUGGCAUUCUUACUUAGAAGGGGAAGAGUUUUGAAAGUUGCUGUGUUCUGUAUGUACUUGUAGGGUAAAGUCCUUGUACUUUUGUACAAGUACUUCUAUAUGUAGUUAAAAAAAGGAACUCAAUUUAAUUGGGAGCACAUUUAAUCUAUGCAAAUGAUUUUAAUCAAUUUAUUUAAUUAACUAGCAUUGAAGAUGUGCAAAAAGUUGAUUAACAACACUUUUAAUGAGGCUACCUGUUUUUAAUGACAUUUGAUGGGUAAUUCAUUUCUUGAAAGAAACAGCUUUUUUUAAUCUGGAAGAGAUUUCUUCCAAUGUUUUAACAUUUACCUGCAGACUGCACUCAACUGAUAACCAAUGGCAUACAAAAUAUCGAAGAGAUCCUACAAGUAGAAAUUUAAAAGUUACAUCUCUUUACUCUCCUCUAAAGUUUAAAGACAGGUAAACUGUUGUUUCUAAAUAAUAUUUUUCUCUUUAACAAUUGGGGAAGAAAAAAAAUCUGAAACCCUUGUCAAAAAAGAUAAUGCAAUUGUCAGGCGGCUUUCUACGUGAUUUUUUUCCCCCUUUGUGACUCUUUUUUUUAAACUUUUUUUUCUUUGUCCCUCUAUUUUGUGUCUUUCCUGCAGUUGUUCCAGAUUUUGUUCCUUGGUUCCUGCAGUUGAUUUUGAGCCUUUGGGGCUAAAAAAAACUAUUCUGUCCUAUGCAGAUUAGUUGGCAUUCGUGAGUUAUGUGUAAUCUUACAACAUAUAUUUCACUGAUAUGUUAAUUUAUUUAUUUUUAAAUUAUUAUUUUAUUUAUAAACCUUCUUUUUAGAUAAAUAAUUCUUGGAGAAGAUGUCCAGGUGCUCUAUCAACACUAAUUUGAGAAUAUUAGUUUUCAGGAUCAAUAGUAACAAAAGAAAAUUGGUCAAAAUUGUAUGAGACAAGCCUGAGGUAUAAUGCUGUUUAACUUUUCUCCACUAGUAAGUUAAAGUGCUAUCUGUUGGUCUUGAGUUGUCAAAAAAAAAACCUACACUAAAUGAAUAUUGUUGCUUUCUGUUGCUGAUUCUUCCUUUACUGAGUGUAUUUGGGGUCAUUGACAAAUGAUGCUGACUAAAUUAUACAUAUAAAGGUAAAAGUGUCCCUUGUCCAGUCAUGUCCAACACUAGGGGGCGAUGCUCAUCUCUGUUUCUUAACU